AUGUCUAAUCAUUUAGCAGUACAAGGUAAACAUUGGGUAGAUAUGCAAUCAUUUUUGGCGUAUGCCGAUCAUUUUAGAUUAGAUGUAUUACAAUACUUUAACAAAGGUGUUGUAACUGGUUAUGCUGAAAUUACAAAAAAGGAUUUGGAUAUAUCUUGUAGUGUGGCUAUUACCAAAUGUGGACGUUGGGAUAUUAUAGAACAAUUAAUCAUUGCAAGAAUGAUACCAAAUCAAUUGUUUUUAGAAUUAUGUCUUUGUAAAAGAACGAUGGAAAUAGAAAGGAUACUAUUAAAUCAUCCACAUUUGGAAUACUUGGAUUCAUUCAUGUCAACCGACCAAAUUAUUCAUAGUAUAUGCCAGUUACAAGAUACAAAAUUAUUAGAUAUUCUAGCAAAUCAUUUGACAAUGUUUGACAAGUCCUAUAAUAUUAUACAAACAACCAACAACCCUAUCAAUGAUGAUAAUAUACAUAGACCAUUCCUAAUGUCAAGAGUUAAUACCUUUUUACUCAACUAUCAUAAACACUAUCGUACAUCUACCAAAAACCUAAAUACAACCUUGUCAUUUGAUAAUCGACAAGAUUUACUAUUACACCAUUCCAAUCAAACAACUACUGAACAAUCCAAACUAAUCUUUGAUGAAUCAAUCAGUGAUAAUAAUAAUAAAUUUACUUUUUUAGAAUUCUAA